CUGCGUACAGAAAUCUUGGUGGAGUUCUCCUGGGAUUUUUACAAUGAUAAGGAUUUGUCUUUUCUUGGCAUUUUGCCAUGUGGUGUUCAGUGACAUCGUCCAACUACAGAAGAUGUAUGGGAGGAUUGCAUCUCCUGAUUUUCCAAACAUCUACCCCAACAGCAAGGAGAGGACAUGGAACAUCACCGUGCCCGACGGUUACACCAUUCGCAUCUACUUUACCCACUUCAACGUCGAGUUGUCUUACCAGUGUGAAUAUGACUACGUGAAGAUGCAGUCUGGAGGGAAGGUCUUGGCUACCCUGUGUGGUCAUGAGAGCACAGACACAGAGGAAGCCCCAGGAGACAAGACGUUCCACUCGUUUGACAACAACCUCGCAGUGACCUUCCGAUCGGACUACUCAAAUGAGAAGGGGUUCACUGGCUUUGAGGCUUUCUACGCUGCUGAAGAUAUUGACGAGUGUCAACAGCCAAUCAGCAGUGAGCCAGCUUGCGAUCAUCAUUGCCACAAUUACCUGGGUGGUUUUUAUUGCAGCUGUGAAAUUGGCUACGUGCUGCACAGAAACAAGAGAACCUGCACAGCUGGCUGUCUAAAAAAGGUACUGACAGCAAGAUCUGGAGAAUUCUCCAGCCCAAAUUACCCCAACCCGUAUCCCAAACUCUCACAGUGCAGUUACAGCAUUCAAGUGGAAGAAGGCUUCAUGGUCGUGCUGGAAUUUGUGGAGAACUUUGAAGUGGAAACCCAUCCAGAAGUGCCAUGCCCCUACGACAUCCUCAAGAUUAAGACACCCAAGGAAGAAUAUGGCCCGUUCUGUGGGGACAGUCUCCCGCCAGUCACUGAAACACACAGCCACAUGGUGGAUGUCCAGUUCACCACAGAUCAGUCUGGAGUUCAUGCUGGAUGGAAAAUCAAAUACACAACUAGAGCUUUGCCGUGUCCCAUCCUUCAAGCGCCACCCCAUGGACAGAUCCAUCCAAUACAAGAAGAAUAUAUCAUGAAAGAUUCCUAUAGUCUUUCUUGCGAUGUUGGCUAUACAAUCUUGGAAAAUGAGCUGAUUGUGGAAUCCUUCACAGCGACAUGUCAGAAGGACGGAUCCUGGAACAAGCCAAUGGCUCAGUGUACCAUUGUUGACUGUGGGCCACCAGAGGACACAGCCAAUGGGAUAGUUGCGUAUGUCACACAAGCAGCUGUCAACUUUUACCAAGCAGAAAUUGAAUAUCAUUGCGAGAAUUCCUUCUAUGAGCUAAAAGCAGGAAGUUCUGGUCACUACUGGUGUGCCCAUGAUGGCUACUGGAGAGAUUCCAAUGGAAAGCGAGCACCUCCUCUCUGUGAGCCAGUCUGUGGUGUCCAAUAUGCAAAACCUCUGAGACGCAUAUAUGGUGGAAAGAGGGCAAAACAUGGGCAGUUCCCAUGGCAAGUUCUGAUUGUCGACAGACAAGGAGUAACAGGAGGUGGAGCUCUUUUGUACGAUAACUGGAUUUUAACAGCCGCGCACGUCAUUACCAAUCCAGCAGAUGCAUCCUCCCUGACUCUGAAAAUGGGUUUGGUGAACAAACGAGCUACUCAUCACCAGCAAGCGGAGGCAGAAUCCGUUUUUGUUCAUGAAGGAUAUGUGAAUGACGGCAUCAACUUCAACCAUGACAUUGCUCUGAUCAAACUGAUGCACCCAGUUCCCAUUAACGCAAACGUCACUCCCAUUUGCUUGCCAGGAAAGGAAAGUAGAUUCCAUGUCAACAGAAGUGAUACUGGAUCAGUGGCUGGCUGGGGAAAAACAGAGAAGGAAAGGCCUUCCCUUUUUCUGCUGUACACAGAGCUAGAUGUUAUUGAUCCGGAGAAGUGCAGAGCAGCAUAUGAAAACAAGAGUGUUGACGGAAAGUCACUCGUAUUGACGGAAAACAUGUUUUGUGCUGGCUAUGACCAAGGGGGAAAAGAUUCUUGCAGUGGAGACAGUGGUGGGGCAUUAGCCUUUUUUGAUUCUCAGAGCAGGAGAUGGUAUGCGGGUGGCAUCGUCUCUUGGGGUGUGGAAUGUGGAUCUGCACAACUAUAUGGCGUGUACACUAAAGUGGCCAACUACAUCUCGUGGAUUGAAAACAUAAUUGUACAUAAUUCUUGACUGUGACUUGCAGGAUGCUCCAUUUCAAUAAAAAGAAUUCAAAGA